GGGAAUAUAAUUGUCAGAGAUAUAGUGACAUCAUGAACGCCCUAGCAAAUGGUUGGUUUAGUGAAAUUCAAAAUGAGUUAUGGCCGGGACAAUGUUUCUCCUUGAAAGUUAAAAAUAUCUUGCAUCAAGAAAAAUCGAAAUACCAAAAUAUUCAAAUUUUUGAAACGGAAACCUAUGGGACAUGUCUUGCUUUAGACGGCAUUAUUCAAUGUACGUUAAGAGACGAGUUUUCGUACCAAGAAAUGAUAUCAUUUUUGCCGCUAUGCUCCCAUCCAAAUCCAGAAAAGGUUCUUAUUGUAGGCGGAGGUGAUGGUGGCGUUGCCCGAGAGGUAGUAAAACAUCCAAAUGUAAAGGAAGUUCAUCAAGUUGAAAUAGACGAAAGGGUUGUGGAACUAUCAAAAACAUUCCUUCCCGAAAUGGCUUCAGGAUUUAAAAGUCCUAAAAUGAAACUCAUUAUUGGAGAUGGUUUCGACUUUAUGAAGACACACAAAAAUGAAUUCGAUGUCAUUAUAACAGAUAGCUCUGAUCCCGUAGGACCAGCUGUAAGUCUGUUUAACGAAAGCUAUUUUGACCUUAUGAAAACUUCUUUACGUGAUGGAGGCAUAAUAUGUUCUCAAGGAGGAAGUUUUUGGCUGGAUUGUACUCAUGUAAAGAAAAUUGUUGCGGGAUGUCAAAAACAUUUCCCCAAUGUGUCAUUCGCGGUUACAUCAAUACCCUCGUAUCCUUGUGGACAUAUUGGAUUUGUCAUUGGAAGCCUUAAUAGAAAUACUGACCUUCGAAAACCUGCCAAAAUAUUUAGUUCUGAAACAAUUGAUGAAAUUGGUUUAAAAUAUUACUCCAGUGAAAUACAUACUGCAGCUUUUGCACUUCCACGUUGGGUGCAAAAACAACUGUUUGAGUAGACAGCGUAGGUAAAACAUAUACAAAGUGAUCAACUGAAUAAAAAGAAAUGGCUUUUUCAAA